GGUGUUUGUUUGUGCCCGUUACUGUUUGCCUCUCUCGGAUUAUCAGCGGAGCCUGGUGCCAGAUAAAUCAAUUUCCCGAUAUGAAUCGCAAUCCUUACAACCCUCAUUCCCGCUCCUCCCCGAGCGAAGAUAGUCUGCUGUGUACUCUCCCCACAGAAAUAUCGUCUGUCUAUCCCUGCCCCUGCCCUGGGAGCUGCAGCUAACCGGGAGACUCUACAGUGAGCAAAUCUACCGUUCCUUGCCCUAUGGGGAUUUGACUCGCCUUGCCAGGGUUAAUAGGGCACUAUAUACUUCGGUCCAGUCUCCCCUGUAUCGGCAUGCCAAAGUCACCAGCUUUGAGAGGUUGACUUUGUUCAUUCGUACCCUGAAUGAAGUUGCAUGCUAUGACAAAUCCGGACAAGGCGCGGUGAGCAAACACGUAGUCACCUUGUAUCUGACCAUCGAUCCCAAUGCAAGCGAGUCAGAGAGCCCGAGUCACAAGAGGCCAACAGCGGUGAUACUCUCCAGGAUGAUUGGAGCUCUUGGAAGGUAGGUUUCGCUGGAGUAUUUUGUUUGUGGUUGAUUUCGAGUGCUGGAUUGACUUGGCUUGAACCUCGACGAAAACAUGUUCAACGACAGUGUCACCAGGCUAACUCCGAUAACGCAGAUAUUGUCAGGAUGUCAGAAUAACCCUUCGUAUCUCCAACGGCUCCUGCAAUGCACAGCCCUUGACCUCCUUUGGGCAAGAAACAUUUCCCCGUGUCUCCACUCUCAUUCUUGAAGUAGGUGUUCCCUCGAUUUCCCCGAGCAGCGCUUCAGUUCCUCCUGCCCGAACUUCCUAUAGUCAAGUGAUACCUACCCGCCGCCCUGUUCUUCAGUCUUGGGGUCGCUUGGGUUCUAGUUGUAAUCCCAAUCCAAAGUUUUGGUCUGGAAUUUUCAAUGGGUCUAGUUUCCCCGAUUUACGAGAGGUAGAGGUUUUGCAUGACCCAGGGAGCCCGGCUUCUCAAUGGGCAAAACACGUGGAGUUUGGUGAGGAAGAUCUCAAAGGGCUGGGAAAGGUGACCAGACUGGUGGUGAAUUCUGCCCCAGAGCUGAAUGACUCGGUGCUUAUGGGUGCACUCACUCGUGCGGAAUGCCUAAAACGGCUGGAGUUGAGAAGUAUUGUUGGCUUAAGUUAUGAAGGUACUGUUUGCACCUCAAUUUAUAGUCGUCGCUUUCCUUGCUUACAUAGCUUCCCAGCAUUAUCUGUGCUUCUUCCACUUGCCCUCCCGAAUCUGACACAUUUUACUCUCCAUAUACCCUCCAACCAUCGCUCCGCCCGGCAAGCGAGGGACCAACUCGAGAGUUACCAGCCCCUUGCGCCAACCGGGGAGGAAAACCCUUUACCAGUUCACCUCUGCCCACUCCUCAGAGUAUAUGGGAGGAAUCUCCAAUAUUUAGAAGUGCAUGCACCUUACCUUUGUCGGGACCUGUUCCUCCACGAGUCGGAGAAAUCGAGACUUGAUGAAGAAGGGGUAAGGACUGAUCUUGGAGGUGUCGGUGGUGCUAUGCGUUUUUCGCACAACGGGGACCCUUUCCUCAUCGAUCGUAUUGCCCUUGAACACACUAUUAGACAAGUGAGAAAACAGAAUGGAGAGAGAGCGUUUAGGGAGGCUGUUCAGUUGAACUUGAAAGAACAGCUAUCAAUGAAUAAGACUAGGGACAUUAAUAGUGCGGGUGCUGUCAGUACUGCUGAGUAUGAAGAGGAGCAGAAAAAGCUGAAGCGGACAAGGACUAUUAAAGAACAGGGUUGGCGCAGAUUAAUGAGAUUUAGGGAGGGAAUGUGUCGGGAUGGGGAGUCUUGGGAGGAGAUUGGAAUUCUAGCAAGAUUGGAAGAAGAGAACGUUAAAUGGACUUGCAUAAGUGGGUUAUCAAAUCUUCCCUCUGUACGUUUUGUCGCUAAUUCGGCUCAAUAGACGAUGCUACAAAUUUGAGGGCGACCUAUGUGAAUGGAAUUGGAGGCGAAUACCAGUUGCGCGCAGACUCUCCCGAUCCAGCCGAACCCAGUAGAGCUUUUGGAAGGGUGAACACAAGGACCUUUAUGUCGGGUCACGAUUACAACGACGAUCUCGCCGGUGGCGAAGAUGGCAAUAUUGCUAGUGGCGAUGAUGUAGACGGUCAUUCGAUUUAGGGGGUUACUUUACCCACUUCUUCACAACCGUCCUUUCAUCCUUUGCUUUUAUCUGUUUACCAUGGUCGGGGUUUAGGCGGAAUAUUUGUUUCAAUUUUUUGCCUUGACGAAUUUCUCCUUUUGUGAGCCUUUGUAUUAGGGAUGAAAUGCACCCGAGGGGAUUUCGAUAUUGUGUAGGGGAGGGAUCCGGUUGGCCGCUUUUUAGCGUGGUAAUUGAGCUUGGGGUUGCGAUUGGAACCUAGAGUCCGACCUUGCUUUUCUCUUGCGAUUCCACUGGAAUUUUUCUCCAAGCAGCGACCUCCUAGAGGCGAUAAAUUAGUCCAAAACACCAUUGUUUCCUGAAAUAAACUACACAUCCUGCCUAGCUAGCCAGCACUAGAACAUGAGCCUUUCAGGUAUAUACAGGUGUG